CUUUGGGAGGCAGGGGCAGGAGAAUCCCUUCAGCCCAGAAGUUCAAGACCAGCCUGGGCAACAUGGCGAGACCCCCAUCUCUACCAAUUUAAAAAAAAAAAAAAGAAAAGAAAGAAAUAGAAAAAUUAGCUGGGCGUGGUAGCACACACCUGUAGUCCUAGCUACUCAGGAGGCUAAGGUGGGAAGAUCGCUUGAGCCCAGGAGGCGGAGGCUGCAGUAAGCUGAGAUCGUGCCUCUACACCCCAGCAACACCCCAGCUUGGGUGACAGAGCCAGACCCUAUCUCAAAAAAAAAAAAAAGAAAGAAAUAAUGAAUUUAUCCCCUAGGAUGUCAAACUCUGUGACUGCCCUAAAUAAAUUAGUUAAUCCAUCAAAUUAUAAUGUGUUUUUAAUAAUACGUCAUCAGCCCUCUGCAUCUAAGGAUUCAACCAGCCAGGGGUCAAAAAUAUUUUUAAAAAUUGUGUCUGUACAGAACAUAUGCAGACUUUUUUCCUUGUCAUUAUUCCCUAAACAAUACAAUAUAACAACUACAUAUAUAGCAUUUACAUUUUAUUAGGUAUUAUACGUAACCUAGCGAUGAUUUAAAGUAUAGAGGAAGCUGGGCAAGGUGACGUGCACCUGUAGUUUCACCCACUUUGGAAGCUGCAGUGGGAAGAUUGCUUGAGCCCAGGAGUUUGAGGCUGUUGUGCCCUGAUUAUGCCUGAAUAGCCACUGCGUUGCAGCCUAGCAACAUAGUGAGACACCAUCUCUUAAAAAAAAGUAUACAUGGGAAUGUGCAAGUGUUUUAUGCAAAUACUAUACCAUUUUAUAUUAGGGACAUGAGCACCCAAGGAUUUUGGUAUCCAUGAGAGGGUUGGCUGGGGAGUAUCCUGGAACCAGUCUCCCAUGGAUACCAGGGGAUGAUUGUAUUCACUAAUGUUCUAGCUUUUUUGUCAUUCCCUCCCCUCCCUGCUUUAUCAUUAUAUUUCCUUCUUAGGUUCCUGGUUGACUUUCUAGAAAUGCCACUUCCACUGUCCCUGCCGCUAACUUCAUACAUUACCUUAAAAUUUUACUAUUUAAAUUAGUUUGUGUUUUAAAAUAAAGUGCUUUGCCUUGAUACCAGUCUGUGCCUUUAAAGUGCCACUAACAUAAUGACAGAUGCCUUUUAGAAAUCCUGCAAACUGUUGUAUGGCCAUUGGCAUCACUCUGUUAGUGUUAAAUAAGCUGUAUUUUCUUUGGAUUAGCCCUACCCAGUUUUGUUUUUCUUCUGUUAAUGCUCAACAGAAAACUGAAGAUGGUCACAACUUUCCGACCUUGUGCACAUUGCUUCUCUGGUCUAUUGCCAUAGGAUACUGUAGCAGUAUCUUACAGACAUCUUUGAUGGCCAAUCAGAAGCAGUUAAAUUACCUUAAAUUUUUUAAAUGGAACUCUGACAGCCAAUAAGAAAUCCCGUGGGUGGGAACAGUAACAACCCUUUGGCUUGUUUUUAAGAACAAUUCUAAAUUUUCAAUAUUCUGUUUUAGAAGCACAUGAUGCCCUAGUGCAGCUGCUAUGUGCAUUUGCCAGACAUUUCCACGCCUUAGAGUUCCCCAUAGUUUGAAGUCUGAAUCUGACCCCUGUUCUGCUUCUCAAGGUAACUUUAAAACAGGAAGUGUACAAAAGAGGUAACUGAUGACGUGAACAGCCAAUCGUGGCUUUGUGUUCUUAGCCGAUAAAGCAGUUCAGCCAAUGGGACCACUGUGGAGGCAAGGUUUGGUGUCAAAUAGCAUGCUAGAUUGAAUGCCUUUGACUGUUAAAGUGGAAGGAGGCUGCAGGGCUUCAUUGGAGCCUCGGAGUUUUUCACUGAGGCAGGGGUCAGCUGAAAGACAAAGAAAAAUGGCGAAUAGUUUGUUGGGGGGUGGGAGGACAGCUGUUCGGGUUUUCACUGGAGUGGACAUUCCAGACCCAGGUUUCUGCAUCUCCUGCUGCCUUUUGUUUCCUCCGUCCUUUAGGGGGGAGGGAUAGGAGUGACUUAAAUUCUCCCAGCCCGAGGAGGUAUAAAUAACUACAUGUAAAAUUAAUGCAGUUCCCGAGACAGAGUCUCAUUGUGUUGCCAAGGCUGAUCUCAAACUACUGGCCUGAAGUGAUUCUGCUGUCUCAACCUCCGGAGUUGUUGGGAUUACAGAGAUCUUGUGUCCUUCAAAAGAAGAUUACCUUUGUCUUUUGAAGUCAGGAAUUUAUAAAAAGAGUUUGCUGGAUGGAAAAAUCAUAAAGGCCAUAACUCUAAAACCUAAUGUAAAGAAGAACAGUUAGAGCUGUCCAAAGAUGGGAAAGAAUGUCUUACCAGUAAGCCAGUUUCCCGGAACUGGAGUGGGGGGCCCUCAAAGCAGUUUGCAUGGCAAGUUGUGCCAGGAUGAGGCCUGUCCAGGGACCCAUGCAAUAAAAGUUGUCGAGAUGUCCACAGAAGGAGGAUUUGGUGGUACUAGCAGCAGUGAUGCCCAGCAAAGCCUACAGUCGUUCUGGCCUCGGGUCAUGGAAGAAAUCCGGAAUUUAACAGUGAAAGACUUCCGAGUACAGGAACUCCCACUGGCUCGUAUUAAGAAGAUUAUGAAACUGGAUGAAGAUGUGAAGAUGAUCAGUGCAGAAGCGCCUGUACUCUUUGCCAAGGCAGCCCAGAUUUUUAUCACAGAGUUGACUCUUCGAGCCUGGAUUCACACAGAAGAUAACAAGCGCCGGACUCUACAGAGAAAUGAUAUCGCCAUGGCAAUUACAAAAUUUGAUCAGUUUGAUUUUCUCAUCGAUAUUGUUCCAAGAGAUGAACUGAAACCUCCAAAGCGUCAGGAGGAGGUGCGCCAAUCUGUAACUCCUGCCGAGCCAGUCCAGUACUAUUUCACGCUGGCUCAGCAGCCCACCGCUGUCCAAGUCCAGGGCCAGCAGCAAGGUCAGCAGACCACCAGCUCCACGACCACCAUCCAGCCUGGGCAGAUCAUCAUCGCGCAGCCUCAGCAGGGCCAGACCACACCUGUGACAAUGCAGGUUGGAGAAGGUCAGCAGGUGCAGAUUGUCCAGGCCCAGCCACAGGGUCAAGCCCAACAGGCCCAGAGUGGCACUGGACAGACCAUGCAGGUGAUGCAGCAGAUCAUCACUAACACAGGAGAGAUCCAGCAGAUCCCGGUGCAGCUGAAUGCCGGCCAGCUGCAGUAUAUCCGCUUAGCCCAGCCUGUAUCAGGCACUCAAGUUGUGCAGGGACAGAUCCAGACACUUGCCACCAAUGCUCAACAGAUUACACAGACAGAGGUCCAGCAAGGACAACAGCAGUUCAGCCAGUUCACAGAUGGACAGCAGCUCUACCAGAUCCAGCAAGUCACCAUGCCUGCGGGCCAGGACCUCGCCCAGCCCAUGUUCAUCCAGUCAGCCAACCAGCCCUCCGACGGGCAGGCCCCCCAGGUGACCGGCGACUGAGGGCCUGAGCUGGCAAGGCCAAGGACACCCAACACAAUUUUUGCCAUACAGCCCCAGGCGAUGGGCACAGCCUUCCUCCCCAGAGGACCCGGCCGACCUCAGCGCCUCCUGCAGGCUAGGACACUGGUGCACUACGCCCCAUGCCUGGGGGCCGCGAUUCUCCAGCAGAAAGAUGCAAUAUUUUUUGUUUCCUUUUUUUCCAUUUUUUUCUCCAAGGAAUCAAUAUUUCAAUAUGUUGAGUGUGUGUCCAAUGCUAUGAAAUUAAAAUAUUAAAUAACAUAUUUAUGGCAUUUUCUUGAAGAGUGUGGUUGAAGAAAUAUUUCUCCUUUUGUUUUUCUUUUUUUUUGUUUGUUACUGCCACUUCUUUUUAGGAGCAAAUCUCCCCAGGGGUGUACGGUAUUUCUUGACUCUUGGAACAGCUGCUACCCGCAAGACUUGCCACGUUGUUCUGCCCUCAGAUGGAAUUAGGUGAAUGUGUGUAGCUGCUUUUUCACUCGUGGUCCUCUCCCCAUCCCUUGCUCUGACCCCAGAGCUCUGUGUAUUUGCAUCCAGAGGCCAUGGAAACAUUCCUUGCAUUUAAGAGACAGCUUUAUUCCCCGUGGAGAGUGGGUGGAUUCAUUGCCACACUCUUUUCUCCCAGGGACCCAGGAAACUAGGACUUUGUGUGUUUGCUGCCCACCUCCCUUUUAUUUUUUAAAUGCAUUAAAAACUGUGCUAGUCUCCUUUGCAUGGACUUCAAGCUGCAUGAAAUGCAAUAAAUCUCAUUUUAGAUAA